CAGCUCAAAAGUUUACGUUGUUCUCGAUCCUCCACUCGCAGAGCGCGGUGAAGUGAAAGUGAACAUAUUCGAGUUUGGCAACAUGCCCAUGACAUUAUCAUGGGUUGCGACCACCCUCAACCUGGAGACUAUCCCCAGAAGCCCCGGCUUUGACCGUUUGUUUCGCUACUGGCAUUCGUCAAGAUUCCUGCUUGCAGAGAGGCGGCAAGCGUUCAGCCGGAGGACAAAGAAGGGUAGAAGCCAGAAACUAAGUUGGUGCUCGAUAAGCAGCAUGAGCUCGGCCUCAAGCUCAAUUGUGAGCUUGGCGGCGGACGGAGAAGCCACAGCGGCGGCGUCCUCGGAGCAGAGGGUGAACAGGAUGGUGCUGAAGCAGGCGGCUCUGAUGAGCGAGCGACUGAGGUCAAAGGCCAAUCCGGAGGUCAGACCCGAUAUUGUUCUUCCCGGGACUUUGAGCUUAUUGGACGAUGCUUAUGACAGAUGCGGCGAAGUCUGCGCUGAAUAUGCCAAGACUUUUUACUUGGGGACAUUGCUCAUGACUCCGGAACAGCGAAGAGCUAUGUGGGCAAUAAGCGUUUGGGGCAGGAGGACGGAUGAACUGGUAGACGGGCCUAACGCUUCUCUGCUGACGCCUCACGCUCUAGAUAGGUGGGAAUCGAGGUUGGAAGAACUCUUUGAAGGGCGUCCAUUUGAUGUGUUUGAUGCUGCUUUAUCGGACACCGUAGCCAAGUUCCCGGUCGACAUUCAGCCGUUUAAAGACAUGAUUGAAGGGAUGAGGAUGGACCUCAGGAAGUCGCGAUACGAGAACUUUGACGAGCUAUAUCUCUAUUGCUAUUAUGUUGCGGGUACCGCGGGUUUCAUGGUCGUUCAAGUCUGCGGAAUCGCACCUGACUCCCGGGCAACGACGGAGAGCGUCUAUAAUGCUGCAUUGGCCUUGGGAACAGCUAAUCAGCUGACCAACAUUCUCAGGGACGUCGGCGAAGAUGCAAGAAGAGGAAGGAUUUAUCUGCCGCAAGACGAGCUGGCCCAGGCGGGGCUUUCAGACGACGACAUAUUCGCGGGGAAGGUCACGGAUAAAUGGAGGUUCUUCAUGAAAGGUCAGAUCCGGAGGGCGAGGAUGUUCUACGAUGAGGCCGAGAGAGGAGUGACCGAGCUGAACGCAGCCAGUAGAUGGCCGGUGUGGGCAUCCUUGUUGAUGUACCGCCAGAUCCUGGACGAGAUCGAAGCCAACGACUACGACAACUUCACAAGGAAGGCCUCCGUGAGCAAGGCCAAGAAACUAGCUUCUCUGCCCAUUGCUUUGACGAAAUCUCUCGUCGCUCCGGCCCGGACGUCAUCUCCUCUAAUCAAGGAGUAAUUUUGGUACUCUAAUUUGGUUCAUUGAAUGACGUCGAAGAACGUGAUUGGCGUGCUAUUUUUUAUCGUACGGCGUAGCGGCACGACUUUUCGCCGGGCACGGCGAUUGCGAAGUCGUCAUACAAUUUAUAGUGCAAUACGAUAUCUUCAAUUUCA